GUCGUCCGAGUUGAACAGCACUGGUAACGGCGUUAGGCGGCGGACCCGGUUCGAUAUACGCUGACUGCGUGACUGAUAAAACCCGAAGGGGCGAAGAUAUGCCUGAGGGUCCGGUUCUCAAGUUUUCUAACUGUUUAAGAAUUCGAAAAUAGGGUUUAGCCUAGGGGUUCUAACUUCUUAGUGAGCUGUAUUGGCGGUUGAGUGAACCUUUUCAAUGCUAGGGUUCAACUGAGGGAUUUAUGCGAGCAGUAAUGCCUAGUCUCCGUGCGAAUGCGUAAAUUUCCCGAAAGUAAAGAUUUUAAGGUUUUUAUAUGUACGAAUCAACAUCAAUGGCGGAUGAUGUAAUGAUAAAAGAAGAGCUUACAAAUCCCUGCUGUAUAUCUUGGAAAGAGAAGUACAGUAAACUGAAAGACGGCUACGCAAAGCUUGAAGAUAGGAGAAAUGCGCUUCGUAAAGGUCUCUCCAUAUACGAGGAACAAGUUUUGAAGAUGCAAUCUGAAAAUCUCUCUCUCAGGAAAGCUGUUGAGGAUGAGAAACUUAGGGCAAGCAAUGAAAAGGAGGAAAAAGUAAAGGAAUCUGCUUUAAGGGUUUCUUUAGAGAGUGAAAUUGCUGGGUUGAAGAAUGAGAUUCUUUCCUUGAAGCAUCAAUCGGUGGCUAAUGGUGGAGGUAGAGAAAUUGGAGAGCUUAAGGAGCAUCUCUCUGAGAGGGAAAGCAAGGUAAACGAGCUGAAGGUACUUGUCGAUAAAGAAAGAGUGAGAGCAGAGUCAGAGAAGAAGAAGACUGAGUUGGAGAGGAAAAAGGUGGACGAGUUGAGGACAAAAUUGAAGGUUGAGAAAACCAAGGCUGAUGAAGAAAGGAGACUUGCUGAUGUUGAAAGAAAAAGAACCGAAGGAAAUAGACUUAAUUUGGAAAAUCUGAAGAAGGAAGCUGAACAAGUGAAAUCAAAGUUAGCUUCAGUGACUUUGGAGUUUGAAGAUGCUAAGAAGCAGCUGGAGGCAGAGAGAGAAAACACAUCUAAAGAGAGAAAACGUGUAGAUACAGCAGUGGCGAAGGCUGCUGAUCAAAAGAAGAUUGCAGAAACGAACCGCAAGAUGGCCAUGGAUGAAAAGAGCCGUGCUACUGAUCUAUAUCGUCAGCUGGAACAGGAUAGACAAAAGAUUGAUAAUUUGAAGAAGGAGAUUGGUGAACUCAUGGCAUAUGGUAAAACGGUUAACAUCAUACCUCGUAAAGGGACGACUCUAGGAACUGGUCAAUUCUCACCUGAGCUUGGUCCAAAGGCAGUGGAGAGAGAUGCUACCAUGGUAGAUGUAAUUGUGAAUUCCGAUGCAGCCCAAAAAAGGCUCCAGGAAAUGGAACAAAAGGUGGCGAUUGAGAAAAACCGUGUUAAAUCAGAAAUGAAAAAAGUGGAAAAGCAAAGAAAGGCUGCAGAAGCAUAUAAAAAGAAGGCAUCAGAAGAAAAAAAUCGUGCUGAUCAGCUUUCUGAAGAGGUCAAAAAUUACAGAAAGAGGGUCGAAGAACUGCAGAAAGAAAUUGAAAAGCUAAGUUUUGCAAGGUAUUCUGUUGAUUGUCCUCUUCGUGCACAUGAUAGUAGUGUGCAUGUUGAAACUGCUAAAGUUAAGCUGUUGCAAAAGCAGUUGAAGCUUGAAAAGAUGCUGGUAAAGCAUGCUAAAAAAGUAGCUAAGUUCGAAAAAACCCGUAACUAUAUACUGCAGCAGAAUCUAGUUAGCUUAAAGCAGGAGCUUGUUCACUUCUCGAGACGUCUAAACAUACUGGACGGUUGCUUCUUUCAAGGUGAUGAGCAUGCCCUAGAAAAGGUUUGUUUCUCUUUUUUCNUCACAACAUCAGCUAAAUCAGCUGAAGAAAAAUUGGACGUAGAACUGACCAUAUCCAGUUUGCCUGGAGAUGCAAGAAAAAAGUGCAUUGAGAAUGUUGUAGCAAUUGCUGACAGUAAUGUCAAGAGUCCUAUCAGUUGUAUUUCUACUGAGAGGAGAGGUCCACAUUAUAAGAGGAUGAGGAGAUCCGUUGAUGCCAUUGAAUCUAAUGGAAUCUUAAAUUCCAGGGGUAACAAGUGGCAAAGGCAGCUUUCAGAGAAAACCUCUCUACAUGAUGGUAAGUUUAAUAGUAGAACAGAUGGACCUGCUGUUGAGAAAAAGCAUUUGGUAGCUGAAAUGCAACACGAUACGUGCAGCGAGCAUUUUAUAUCUCGCAAGAAAAGAAGAACAUCCUGUGAACUAGGCCUGCAUCCUUCAAACAAGAAUAGUGUGGCAAAGACAAAGUUUGACAGCUGUGGUGUCCAAUCUGAUGUCUGCACACAUCCAUCUCCAGCUGUCUAUAGCCUUCCAGAAACUGCCCAGGAUUGGAAGGAUGGGAAAGAUGAUGACCUGGGAUAUAUUGAUGAACUUGUCCGUGGUGAUUAUAUGAAGCUUCUCAAUUUGGAUAGUGAUACUGAUGAAGAGUCUUAUUGUCUAGCAAUUGAAAUGCCUUUAUCACCUACACUUCCUGAGAUUCAGUGCCAUAGCAGUGAGGCACUUGAAUCGAUUAGCUCACCUUUAUAUCAGGGAUUCUCAAAUGCAAUGGGGACUCUGGUUUCAUCAGACAGUUUAGAUGUCAUCAAUGUGGAAAUCAAUUCUAACCAGUUAAAACAUUGUACCUUGGAUCCUUCAGAUAAUUCAUCAUUUUCCAAGAAAAGAGAUCAUGUUGAUUCAUCUAAGAGAUUAAACCUUGACACAGCUUGUAAGUUAUUCUGCAGUUCCUAUUCAAAUGCAUCAGCAUUGUGCAGAUCAGAUUUAGCUGCUCCUGCAAGUGAGGGGUUGCAGAUUCCAUUGGAAAGGAGAGUGGUCUCAUUAUGGGAUAGUUUUGCCAAGUAUUGUGUCAUCUUUUCAAAUAACAACGCCGAAAAUAGCAUUUCCAGUAUUUACCGUGCUACCAGCAGUUGUCUUGCUCAGUGCUCUGCAUCAUCAGAUCCUUCUCUUAGGAGUAUUUUGGUCACUCUUUUGAAACUUGAAGAUAUCUCAAACAAGGAUAUCCACCUAUACUUUGUUCUUCAGAUAUCAAUAUGGGAGAAGACCUGUGUCUUCUUUUCACUCUUACUGCUCUACAUUUCUGAUACUGCAACGAGAGCCUUUGGAGAUGAUUGGGAGAGGGACCUGACCCUUUUUGUGAAUUCUGUUGCUCAGCACAUAUAUACAGAACUCUCACAUGAAGAUACAAGAAGGAUAUUUGUGGAAUAUUGCAACUUUUAUGAUGUACUUUCUCUUAUGGAGGAUUUUCUUUUGCAUGAUAAAUUGCUGGUGCCUGCUGUAAGUUCUGAUUCAAAGCUUGCAACCAAUUCAGGAAUCAAUCUUAUUUUGGAUGGCCAUAGUGUAAGCUUGUGCAAGCAACCAGCUCCUACUCAGUUGUUGCUAAUUGGAGGCAUUUUGCUAGCAUCAGUAUGUUCCGCGGUUGACCAUGUUGGUUUUGUUUGUGAGGCUUCCUGCAACAUCUUAAGGAUGCGGAGGUCUGAUGCUCUAAACAUUCUUCAUAUAUUUGCCUAUCUAUGUGGUUCUAAAUACUUUAUCCUCAAAGAGUAUGGUUUAGCUAUGACUGUGGUGAAGUCAUUGGUGAUGCUUAUUCACAAGAAUAGAUUUUCUCCUGAUCCUCUUUCCUGUAUAGGAUCUUCGGUUGAGUCAUUGUCUAAGAUUUGUUCCGGUAGUAAAUGCCCGUUUUCAGAGGGUGCAGCUACCAUGGAUAUUGUUGCAUCAUCCCUCUUGGAUAGUCUUAACAGUUAUGCUUGCUCUGCUGUGGGGUCGGAUUUGAUGGAGUCAUUGAACUCAUCAAGACGCAGAGUCAAAUGUGAUGGAAGGAAAACUGAUGAAUCCUCAGAUGACGUAGAUUUAGUCCAGUGGGCCUUUGUUAUUUCUGAGAAUUCAUGCCAGUUAACUGAUACCCUCGCACUUGUGGAGCUUGUUGCAGGUUUCAUGAGCUGGGAUUGGAUGUUUGACAAAAUUGCCUGUCCACUAUUGGAUUUAUUGGACUAUUGUACAACGGAGUACAAUGCUGCUGCUAUCACUACUCUUCUUGGCCAACUUGGAAGGUCUGGUCUUAAUGCUUUUGGAUGUGAAGAUGUUAGGAUUCAGAGAUUAAGAAGCUCUUUAUGUGCAUUACUUUGCCAAUGUGACUCCAAAAGAAGGGGUCUUCACCUUCAGUUCUCCAUUGGUAUUGCUUUAAUUGGCCUAAUUCCUCUCAGCUUUGAAGAACUUGCUGAAAGUAACAUUGAAGUUGCAUCACCUGCAAAUCAAUGUGAUCCAAUUGAUUGCCUAAGAAAGUGGUUUGCUUCAUUGAGCAGCGAACAGCGGUUAUUCAUCAGGCAUGUAGAUGCUGCCGGUUUGACUAGUUACUGAACGGAAAAUGUUCAGGGAUGACGAACAAAAUUUUGGGAGAGAGAGCUAUAAAUGAAAAAUUGCCAGUUUCUGUCUUUAUUGAUGUAGAUAAUUUUCAGUUGGCGCAUGGUAUGUGAGUUGUAAAGAAAUUUACAAAGGCAGUGUUUUGGUCAACCUUUGCCAUUUGUUUUUCCAACAAUCUGGUGUCAUUUUUGCAUUUGGAUUUUACUGCGAUUGUUGGAUAAUGCCCUUGUUCCAGUUAUACAUGGCUUACAUUUCGGACAA